GCGUCGGGGCUCCUUGUGAAUCUGCGGUGUACGGUGGAGUGCACGCGCAUCAAAGAAACCGCGCGUGAGAACCGGAAUACGUGUGCACGUUCAUCUGAGAGACCGCGUGAGAACCAGAAAACGUGUGCAUGUUCAUAUGAGAGAACGCGUGAGAACCGGAAUACGUGUGCACGUGCUACGUGUUGAGUUUACUCCCGGGUGUCGCGUGCGUUUCCCUCUCGCGCAGUAGUAAACUGAAGUUACACCGGGUUUAUUCCAGAGUAACUUCCGGUUUGUUUUCUGUUACGCCGCGCCUCUAAAACACGGAUCACACCAGACAAGUGUUAACAUGUCUGAAGAACCAGGAAGAAGCAAACAGACACACUCUCAGACACACUCUCAGUCCCAGACUCAGUCUCAGCCUAGUUCCAGUUCAUCGUCUGGUCCAGCUUCAUCCAGCCAGUCCUCUUCUGGUUCAGGGACGUUGAGCUCAGUGGACACUGUCCCCAUCACUGAAUUAUCAUCUAUACCUGAGGAGCCUGAAGAACCUGAGCCCAAAUACUGGGGCCGAAUAGUUCCAUUAAUCAGAGGAUUUAAUGUGCUCAACUGUGUGGAGAGUCAGUACUACUUUGGGCGGGAUAGUCGCAAUGAUUAUUGUUUUAACGACCCAAUUGUUCUGUCAUCACCACGCUACAGAACCUACAGCAAGAGACACUUCAAGAUCUUCAGGGAUGAGAGUGUAGUUUAUUUAGAGGACCUGAGUGGAAAUGGUACAUGGGUUGAUGACACUGAAGUUGGAAAAGGAAAACGAUGUCCAUUAAGUAAUAACUCUGUUGUGUCACUUGCAGACCCAAAACACAAAGUGUUUAUGUUUGUUGACAUGACUGAAGACGAACAGCCAAACUUUCCUAAAGAAUUCAGAGAAAAGUACCACGUUACACGCAAGAUUGGCUCUGGUGUGUGUGGGGAAGUAAAACUUGCUAUUGAGAGAGAGACGUGUAAAAAAGUGGCGUUAAAAACCAUCAACAAGAACGAUUUCCCCUCUGUUGGCACAGCAAUGCGUAAUGCAGAGCGAGAGAUCGAGAUCCUGAAGAAAAUUGAUCAUCCGUGUUUAAUCCGAACCGAAGAUUUCUACCAGACACAGGAUUCCUACUACAUCAUCUUGGAGUAUGUUGAGGGUGGUGAACUCUUCAGCAGGAUUAAGGCUCAGAAGCGGUUAAAGGAGAGAAUUGCGAAGCUUUACUUUUUCCAGAUGCUGAAGGCUGUGCAGUAUCUCCAUGAGAAUGGCAUCAUCCACCGUGACCUUAAACCAGAGAAUGUACUUCUUGCCUCCCACGAUGAUGAGUGUCUCAUUAAGAUUACAGACUUUAACCAGUCAAAGAUUCUGGAGGAGUCGAGUCUGAUGAAGACUCUGUGUGGAACUCCUACAUUUCUUGCCCCUGAAGUCUUCACUGCUGAUGCUACAGGUGGAUACACACAGGCUGUGGACUACUGGAGUCUCGGAGUACUGCUGUUCAUCUGUCUCGGAGGUUACCCCCCUUUUAACAGUGAGUCCGGUUCUAUGUCGGUACGAGAUCAGAUCAUCAGCGGUCAUUACUGCUUUAUCCGCUCACAGUGGGAGUCUGUCUCUGCCCAAGCUAAAGAUCUGGUGAAGAAACUGCUGGUUGUGGAUCCGAACAAACGCUUAAGUAUUUCAGAGGCACUGGAUCAUCCAUGGCUUAAUGAUGAGGAGAUGAAGCAGAUGGCGUUUAGUCUGAUGUGCCCAACAGAACACAAUGAACUGAGACGCACCGUACCAUCACAUACAGGAUCACAACAGCGAUUAUCACGAACUGAAGAACCACAGAGAAGAUCGAAACGUAAAGCUGAGGAGGAAGGGGAAACAUCAGCAUCUAAAAGGCGACCUUGACCCUCGACACAUUUCAUCCUGUGUGUAAAUUAAUACACUUUUUUUCUUUCUUCUUCAAUAAAUGGCUUUUAAAUGUGA